ACACCUGAAUACAUACAGCCCUGUGUGGCACUGUCAACAGCCGUGUGGUCGUCCUCUCUCCUGUGGAAAUCAUACAUGUGAGAGAAUGUGUCAUUCAGGUCUGUGUGGGGCGUGUCCUCGAUCUGGCAACAGAGCCUGUCCCUGCGGCAAGUCAAAGAGUUCUCUCCCCUGCACUGAGGAUGUCCCUACCUGUGGUGACACCUGUGACAAGGUGAUGGAAUGUGGCUUACACACCUGUUCCAUGAGGUGUCACAGAGGGGCCUGUGAAACCUGCAGACAGGAGGUGGAGAAGCAGUGCCGCUGUGGGAAGUACACGCGUGUCAUGCCCUGUCACAAGGAGUACCUUUGUGAGUCUAAAUGCCCCAAAACCAGAGGCUGUUCACGGCAUCAGUGCAGGAGGAAGUGCUGCCCUGGUAACUGCCCGCCAUGUGACCAGAGCUGUGGACGAUCGCUGGGCUGCCGAAACCACAAAUGUCCCUCUGUCUGUCACCAAGGCAGCUGCUACCCCUGUCCAGAGACUGUGGAUGUGAAGUGUGUGUGUGAAUCCACCUCUCUGACUGUUCCCUGUGGGAGGGAGAGGAGUACCAAGCCCCCACGCUGUAAAGAACUGUGCAGCUCGCCCCCAUCAUGCCACCACCCCAGCAGAGAGACCCAUCGCUGUCACCCUGGUCCCUGCCCUCCCUGUCGCCAGGCCUGUCUCCUGGCCCUGAAACGAUGCCAACACCCCUGUCCCCAACCCUGCCACGACCAGGUUAUGGUGAAGACCAGCGACAGGGUCCUGGCAGGCCCGUGGGAGCAGUCGUCAGAACCUGCGUUUGUCCGUAAAGCUCUCCCCUGCCCGCCCUGCCUGGUCCCUAUACCCACGGCCUGUCUUGGAGAGCAUGAGGUGAGCCCGGUCCCAUGCCACCGUCGAGGGCCUUUCUCCUGUAAGCGUGUCUGUGGUCGAACUCUGACCUGUGGUAACCAUAGCUGCACCAAGGACUGUCACCGUGUCACCGCGACAACCAACAAACUACAGGCGGGUCCAGAGUGUGUGGUGUGUGAGGAGGGGUGUGUUAACCCUCGCCCCCCUGGCUGUCCCCACCCGUGCCUGUUGGCAUGCCACCCGGGGUCGUGCCCCCCCUGCCAACAGAUGACCCGACAACGCUGUCACUGCAAGAUCUCCCUGCUCUACAUCGACUGCCUGACGUUCAGAAGUGCAGAAGAUGAGACUAAAGCUGAUCUGGGGUCCUGUAAGAACCAAUGUCCUAAACAGUUGAGUUGUGGUCAUCAUUGUAAGGACCUGUGUCACCCAGGACAUUGUGAGGAUAAAUGUUCCCACAGGGUCAAACUGAAGUGUCCCUGCAAGAGGAUUAAAAAGGAGCUGCUGUGUUAUAAAGCCAGACAGGACCAGACUCAGGUGGACUGUAAUGAAGCAUGUACAGCCCUACGAAGAAAGGCCAACGAGGUGAAAGAAGCAGAAGAGAAUGCAGCCCUGGAGGAAGAGAGGAAGAAACAACAGGCUGAGUUGGAAGCCUUUGAGAAUCGUCAGAAGGGCAGACGUAAGAAGCGAGGGAAGAGAGGAGAGGAAGAGGAGGAGGCGGAGGGUGGUUGGGGGAGGUAUAGAGUGGUCAUGGUGUCUCUGGGUGGAGUUCUACUGGCUGCUGUCGCUUUCUAUCUCAUUCAAAUGGAUUAGAAAACACACACACACCAACACACACACCAACACACACACACAUCAACACACACACCAACACACACACCAACACACACACACCAACACACAC